AUCAUUACCUCUAAGAGUCCAGCCUUUCUCAUACAACUCAUACUCCUCCAAAUCUUGGGCAUUGCCAAGAAGAUUAGCAAUGCUAAUUCUUGUUUAAUAUCCUCACUCCAACCCAAAACCCUGAAUUUAUUUGAGAGGUUCAAUUAUUAUCUAGUUGUGAUCUUCUCUUUUCUUUCGUGCAAUAUAUGUCACAUUAGGCUAGAGAAGAUCAAGAUUUUAAUGUUUUUUUUGAAGAAAUGAGGAUGAUUGUUGAUGGGGUCUAACAAUAUAUGUCACGUCAUCCUACUAAUGUCUUGGCUAUUAUUGUUAUUGUUGUUAUUGCCAUCAAAAGUACGAGGAUCAAGUCAUACAUUAGAUCGAGACUUAUUAGAUUCAUUCAUUCAUGAUUAUGCAAUCAAGAAUAUGACGAAACGUUAUACAGGUAAAUUGUAUAAUAUUUCCCUCCCUACAAAUUUUUCUGGCAUGGAAACUUCAAUUAUUCGAUUUAGAAGUGGAAGUUUUUGGAGAAAAGGAGCCAAGUUUAGCUUCUUCCACAUCCCACCAAGUGUAUUACCAUGGCCUUUUGUUAAGAGAUUUGACAUCAUUUAUGAAAAUCUUGGUAAUUGGUCAUCUAAAUACUAUGAUGUUCCAAAUUACACAUUUGUAACUCCUGUCAUAGGUUUUUUAGCAUUUGAUGCAAAUAGAAGCAGAGAAAAUUAUGGAAUGGUUGAGCUCAACAUUAUGGCAAAUCACAUUUUGGUUCAUUUUCCACACAUAUCUCUGCCACAAGACCAAAACAAGAAUGUGACAAUGAAAUGUGUUAGAUUUGUCACAAAUGGCAGCAUAGAGUUCAGCAAUGUAACGAUGAAUAACUCGUGUAUAUCGCGAGGACAAGGCCAUUUUUCCAUAGUCAUUCCUUCAUUGAAACCAGAGGAGAAGGAAAAGAAAAGAGGACAAUGGAAAUGGUGGGUAAUAGGAUUUGGAGUAGGAGUUGUUGGAUUAAUAUUGUUGAUUUUUAUUGGAAUUUUAGUAUAUAAAUGUGUUAGGCUAAAAAGGAGGAAAAAAAUGGAGAGACAAUCUGAAAAAAGUGAGGCUUUGGACACAGUUUGGGUUGGGAAUAGCAGAAUGCCUUCUGCUUCAGGUAUCAGAACUCAACCAGUUCUUGAAAAUAGUUAUGUUCCUUGAUUCAAUUUUUGUUUCUUUUUUCCCUUUGUUGUUUUCACAUUUUCACUUUUUGUUCUUUCCAUUUUAAGGUGUAUAUAUAUUCAGGUCUCAUCAAAUUCAUUUAUUUUAGGAAAUCAAUGUAGUAUGAAUCAUGAACAUUGCUCA